AUGAUAAGCGAAUUAAGAAGAACCGAGAAAAUUACAAGUUUUCCAGAUCCGAAAAACAAAGAGCUGAAGUCAGAACGAUGUAUUCUCCUGCAAUUAAUCAGCUCGGUGGAUGAAUAUGCUUAUGAUUUGCUUGCGGGCGGUUUUUUCUUCGAAACUAAGGUACCAUCUCUUCUUUUCCGUUAUGCCACAAAAGAAAAUUAUCCGUUUACGGCACGCUUAUUUGCGGAUACACGUUUCGGCACUCAUCGAUCGCGUCCUGAUCACCAGACGCUACGACGAAUUCAACAUGCUGCAGCAUUUUUGGCUAUCACCAACAACAAUAUCUACAAUUCUGCUUCGGCAUCGCUUUCUCACAUCGACAACACGACAUCCGAAAAUCCGGAAAAUCAUAACUUGGAGCCAAAUAAUCCGGACAUCUCUCAGCUUCAAUACAAUGUCAGCCGCAUGUCACUUGCCGAUGACGCCGCACCGAAAUCAUCAACGCUCGCCCCUUAUCACAGCAAUAUGUACUGA